AUGACGUCGGCGUUCAAACCCAUGGACGUGUACUUCUCGUACAGGCCAUCGAUGCAGGAGGGGCGGUUCUUCAUCGCCAGCAUGAUCUCACGCUUCUGCGCCAAGCGUUUCGUUUCCGUUGCCCGCACAUUCAGGUUCUCCACCUGCUCCAAAAGGGUGGCCUUCGUGCGGCCCAUGGCGGUGGCAGCUGGCAGCGAAAGACAGACCGGCACCCUCGCAAGGGACCCCCAGGGCAGCCGGAAGGGCCUUCCAGACGUGGGCCAAGGCGCCCAGGCCUGGGCAGAGGUGGCCUCUCAGACGGCGGAGGCCGAGGCUAAUUACCACCCACUGGUGCCGAGGCACAGAAAUGCCACCCGGAGGCCCACUCUGCAAGAGACUCCGUGCGGCAUUAUUCCAGCUUCGGCCGAGACGGGGGUGGCGCAGGUGGUGAUGUCGGUGCGCUGA